AUGACAUCUGCGCAAGAUUUCAAACUUGAGAGAUGGACAUUGUCCUCCAACGAUGCAUUGAAAAUAUCAAUUGUCAAUAAUUCAGAAGAUAAAGCCAUUCAAUUUAAGCCAAAUUUCACUUAUCCACUUUAUGGUGAUAAAGAAACUAUAUUCGGAUUUAAAGAUUUAACAAUUCAUUUGGUGUUUGACUCAGUAACGUUUAAGCCAUUUAUUAAUGCCAAAUAUAGUACUUCUGUUAAGAAUUAUGAUGAUGUUCUCAAAAUACUGGGUGAUAAUUUACCAGAGAACGAUUUUAUUAUGAAAGAUGAGAAUAAAUGGAGAGAUAUCUGUAAAAAUGAGCACAAAACUUACAGCCUGCCUGAUGAGAAAUAUAAGAUCGGAGAAUAUGCAAUCGACAAUUCAAACAAAUUUGCCAUCUAUAAGGUUAAGCUAUCAGAAGACCCAAACUUAUUAAAGCUUCAUCGUAGAAUACAGAUUCUUUCACUAUUUUUCAUCGAAGGUGCAUCAUAUAUAGACACUGAAGAACCACUUUGGGAUAUUUAUUGGCUAUUUAAUAUGGAAACAAAGGAAUGUAUAGGUUUUGCAACAACUUAUAAAUAUUGGUAUUAUGGUGGUCAUUUAAACUUCGAUAGCCAAAAUUACAAAAGACAAUAUAGAGCUAAAAUAUCACAAUUUUUGAUUCUUCCCCCAUAUCAGGGUAAGGGUCAUGGCACCCAAUUUUAUUCUCACAUAUAUGAUUCAUGGAAAACAGAUCUCUCUGUUGUUGAAGUAACCAUAGAAGAUCCAAAUGAAAGUUUUGAUGAUCUUAGAGAUAUAAAUGAUUUGAUGAUGUUAUCUGAAGAAAACUUUUUUACCUCUCUCGAGAAUAAACUUCAGAAUAAUAAUCUUCAAAUAUCUGUAUGGCUUGAAGAUCAAAGAACACGCUUUAAAUUAGAAAAAAGACAAUUUGAGAGAUGUGUGGAAAUGAUACUUCUUUAUCUACAAAGUGAUAAAGAGUAUAAUGCUUUUGUUAAGAAAAGAUUAUAUCGAAAAAAUUUUGAAGCUUUAAAUGACAUUCCAGAUAAUGAUGGCAAGAUUAAAGCAAUUAACAAUUCUUUCAACCUAUUGACAGAAGACUAUCACCGUAUUUUAGAAAAAUUUUCGAAUUUUAAAAGAAGAUAUAACCAGAAGUAA